AAACAUCCCUCGCGCUGUGUUUGUCGGUCAUGACUGGGGUGCUGUCAUCACGUGGCGGAUGUGUAUGUUCCACCCGGAACGGGUUAUUGCCGUCUGCAGUGUCUGCACGCCGUAUAUGCCAUGUACGUGGACACAGACACGUUAGUCCGCGCUGUUCCCCAAUUCUCGUACAUGAGCUUGCUUAGCCAACCCGAGGAAGCUGCUAAGUUAUUAGAUGUUGCACCACGACGGUUGUUCACUGCCACGUUCAGGAUCCACACUGAUAUCGACGCUUCUCUUAGCUUUAUCGAGCUACUCCGCGGUGUACCAGCCUCACCGAACCCGAUAUUCGCGAACCCGUCCAAGCUACUGAGCCAAGACGAGCUGGAUUACUACGUUGCAGAGUAUGAGCGUUCGGGAUUCGCUGGUGGUUGCAACUACUACGCAGCGCGGUUCAUUGACUUCAACGAUGAGCGUGAACUUCCACGCACCAUUUCGCACAAAGCUCUUCUGAUCAGUCCUGCGGAAGAUCGCGUUCUUAAACCCGAAAUGGCAGCAGGCAUGCGCAAAUUGGUCCCAAAUAUGCAGCAGCAGGUUGUGGCAAACGCUGGUCACUGGGUUCUGUGGGAGCAAAAGGGCGAAAUCACGAGAAUUCUGCAUCAGUGGCUGGACCGAAUCUGCGAACCGACAUCGAUUGUACCAUAGUUGCAGGCA